ACCAGACCACCCACCGGAAAAAACUCUGUAAAUUUCACUUACAAAUUCGCGAAUCAACAACUCAACUGCUGAUUGAUUACUCAUGGCUGGAAAAGGCGAAGGACCGGCGAUCGGAAUCGAUCUCGGAACCACGUACUCGUGCGUCGGCGUUUGGCAGCAUGAUCGCGUCGAGAUCAUCGCUAAUGACCAGGGGAACCGGACCACGCCGUCUUACGUCGCGUUCACCGAUACCGAACGCCUCAUCGGCGACGCUGCUAAGAACCAGGUCGCCAUGAACCCUACUAACACCGUUUUCGAUGCGAAGCGAUUGAUUGGUAGGAGAUACAGUGAUCCAUCUGUUCAGAGUGACAUGAAGCUGUGGCCUUUCAAAGUGAUUGCUGGACCUGGUGAUAAGCCCAUGAUUGUGGUGUCAUACAAGGGUGAGGAUAAACAGUUUUCUGCAGAGGAGAUCUCCUCCAUGGUUCUCACUAAAAUGAAGGAGAUUGCUGAGGCGUUCCUAGGUUCGACUGUGAAGAAUGCUGUUGUUACAGUACCUGCUUACUUCAAUGAUUCUCAGCGUCAAGCUACCAAGGAUGCUGGUGUGAUUUCAGGGCUUAAUGUGAUGCGUAUAAUCAAUGAGCCCACUGCUGCUGCCAUUGCUUAUGGUCUUGAUAAGAAGGCGUCGAGUGCAGGGGAGAAGAAUGUGCUUAUUUUUGAUCUAGGUGGGGGCACUUUUGAUGUGUCCCUUCUCACCAUUGAAGAAGGAAUAUUUGAAGUUAAGUCCACUGCUGGUGAUACUCACCUUGGCGGUGAAGACUUUGAUAACAGGAUGGUGAACCACUUUGUCCAAGAGUUUAAGAGGAAGAACAAGAAAGACAUAAGUGGAAAUCCUAGAGCCCUGAGAAGGCUGAGGACUGCUUGUGAAAGAGCAAAGAGGACUCUGUCAUCUACUGCUCAGACAACCAUUGAGAUUGAUUCCCUUUAUGAGGGUAUUGAUUUCUAUACCACCAUUACCCGUGCAAGGUUUGAGGAGCUUAACAUGGAUCUUUUCAGGAAGUGUAUGGAGCCUGUUGAGAAGUGUUUGAGAGAUGCCAAGAUGGACAAGAGCAGUGUAGAUGAUAUUGUUCUUGUUGGUGGGUCUACUAGGAUCCCUAAGGUACAGCAAUUGUUGCAAGACUUUUUCAAUGGGAAGGAGCUCUGCAAGAGUAUUAACCCUGAUGAGGCUGUUGCCUAUGGUGCUGCUGUGCAAGCCGCGAUCUUGAGCGGUGAAGGCAAUGAGAAGGUGCAAGACCUUCUGCUUUUGGAUGUUACCCCUCUAUCUCUUGGUCUUGAGACUGCUGGAGGGGUUAUGACUGUUCUCAUUCCAAGGAACACCACCAUUCCAACAAAGAAGGAGCAGGUCUUCUCGACUUACUCUGACAACCAACCUGGCGUGUUGAUCCAAGUCUAUGAAGGAGAAAGGGCAAGGACCCGAGACAACAACUUACUUGGUAAAUUUGAGCUCAGUGGCAUUCCCCCAGCCCCAAGAGGUGUCCCUCAAAUCAAUGUUUGCUUCGACAUUGAUGCCAAUGGUAUCCUGAAUGUAUCUGCUGAGGAUAAGACCACUGGCCAGAAGAACAAGAUCACAAUCACGAAUGACAAGGGCAGACUAUCCAAGGAAGAGAUUGAGAAGAUGGUCCAAGAAGCUGAGCAGUACAAGGCAGAAGAUGAGGAGCACAAGAAAAAGGUUGAAGCCAAAAAUGCCUUAGAGAACUACGCCUACAACAUGAGGAACACCAUCAAGGAUGAGAAGAUCAGUUCCAAGCUUCAACCCGACGACAAGAAGAAGAUCGAGGAUGCUAUCGAACAGGCUAUUCAGUGGUUGGAUGGGAACCAACUUGCAGAGGCUGACGAAUUCGAAGACAAAAUGAAGGAACUCGAGAGCAUCUGCAACCCCAUCAUUGCUAAGAUGUACCAAGGUGGCGCUGGCCCCGACGUGGCUGCUGGCAUGGAUGAAGAUGGCCCUUCUGCUGGUGGAAGCGGCACUGGCACUGGCGCUGGUCCCAAGAUCGAGGAAGUUGAUUAAGCUUUUUGAUGUUUUUUGUUGUUCCGAUGACUUUUGAAUGAUCGGGCUGUGUUUUAAUAACGUUAAAUUGUGUUCAUUAGUUGUGUUUAAAAGCUUUUGGGUUGGAACUUGUUUAGCCUUGUACUAUCUGUUCUAUACCAGGUUCAUGUUUCUACAGGUGCUCACUACUUACUAGCAAACAAGAAAAAAAUUUCUUUUA